UCUAAAUACCAUCAUCAUCAACAAGCUUUAAAAUCAUUAAUGGUUAUUUAGGAAGAAGAGAAACAAUGCAAUUGUUGGCAUGCAAUUUCUGGCCUUUGCAAUACCAUCAUGUAAUCUGUUUUUCCAAAAACCCCUUCUUGGGUCGCAGACAGCUCUGCUCCGACACCUUCUCCUCUGCAUGUUCUCCCUCUCAACGACACCGUUUUGAUUCCCCCAUUGAUUCUCUCUCUCUCCACUCCAUUUCCACUACUCAAACUCAAAGUGCUGAAAAUCCCACCAAGGAUUUGGGCCAAUUAUUGACAAAGAUUACUCCUUUUACAACAAGGCGGGCAUUAUUCUCAGCUUUGUUUUUGUAUUCAUUUUUUCAUCCUUCAAGGUACUUACCAGCACAAGCUUUAGGGGAUCCAUCUGUAACCAUUGAAGAAGUGACCCCCACAGUUUCCCCUUCUCCGGCACUUUUUCCCACUGAG